UGUUUACCACACAUUUAAAGUGAUCUGAUCUGUGCCCUGUGGUUUAUCAUACAUACAACUUUAAGGCAACUGUAUUGCAUUUUAAUUUUUUAUGCAUUACACAAAAAUUUAACGCAAAUUCGUAGACAGAGAAUAGAAAUUAAACUUAAAAGGCAUGGAAGGUUUUUGUAGAGGAUGCUUGAUAAGAUACGAUGAACCAACCGAACUUGUACCUUAUACGGAGAGAAAUAGUAUGUUGUAUAAAUAUUCUACAGGCAUUCAAGUCAAGCACCAUGAAGUUGCCUUAUUCCAAUUAUGCAAAGAUUGCCAUGUGAAUAUGAAAUUGUCCUGCAAGUUCAAGAAACAGUGUAGGACAUCUGAUAAGAAAUUCAAACAUUAUGUGUCAUUGAAGGAAGCAGGUGAUGCAUAUGACCUUACUACAUUUCUGAAAAGCAAUGAUGAAAGCUUGAGGUUUCCAUUGCUGAAUGGCAGUAGCACACCACAAAAUCCAAGAGUCGGUUCUGAAAGAGAGAAUGAUGAUAAUGAAUCUACAUGUACCAGCAUUAGAAACUUCAUGUCAGAUAUACUGCAAGGUGAAGAAGUACCGGAUACUGAAGCCCAUUUAAUAAAAGAAGUCAUUGAAGAGGAUCUGCUAGAUGAUACAUUAGACUCACAUCUACUUGAUGAUAUCUCCCGGGAUACUGAUUUUAGGGAUUUAAGUUUCAGUCCAUUUUCUACUCCACAUACUACUAAUCAUGACCAUUGCUAUUCGCCAUAUGCAGAAAAUGAUGCUGUUAUAAAUGAUUAUAAUAAUAUUUCUGUCAAAGAUGUCCCUCCCCUGGUGCAGAAAGACAAAACUCAAGACUAUCCAAUACUUGAAACUGCAGAACCUACUCCUCAUGUAGAAAACAACAUUGAUCAACCUGAGGGUUUGUUUGAAGAAAUUGCGGAUGAAAAUGUGAAUUAUGUUACUCAAAAUGAAAAUGAUAUAGCUGUAACAAACGCAGAAUAUGACAGUAUUCAUAACGAAAGCUUUUAUGCUGCUAAAGCAUUACAAAAUGAAAAUGAUCAGUAUAGAGCUGAUACAAAUUGUACAAAAAACCAAGAUAGCAUGGCAAUCAAACAUUUACUUGAAUCAAAUGUAGAUAAUGAAUACCUUGCUAGUACAAAUUUAUCCUCAUGUGGUAUUGUUGCAACAGAAAAUAUUGAUAUUAAUCAAUUUAAAAAUGAUAAAGAUAAAAUCAAUUUUACAUUGGAAGUAGAAAAACAUAUUGCAGGAAAAGGUGAUCCACAAACCAAUGAAUCGAAUAAGACUGAAAAUUAUGUUCUAAAGAUAAACCAAACUGAUACAAGCAUAAACGUAAAUCAUGAUGAAUUGUCAGGUGAAGGUGUAAAGGUGACUAUUGUAUUUGAAGCUAUCAAUGAAAAUAAAAAUGAUGAUGAUAUACAAAACAAAGAAGAUAUUUUAGAAGAAUUCAAAAUUAAGGCUGAUAAGGAUUUUACAUUGGAUGAUUUACUAGUUUUGCCCAUAGAACAUUCAAAAGCUCCUGGUGCAUCAACGCCAUUGAUCAAUAACAUUCUAUUUGGAGAAAAGCUUGAUCUUGAUGAAGACAUUGUGAAAUGUGAUGAUAAAGAGCAAGCUGACAAAGAAGUUAAUGUCUUAGAUGAAAUGUUGAGUCGAGGUGUUAAGGAAUUCAGUAUACAUACAGUAGAAAGCCAAGCUGCCGACGUGUAUGACACAGAACAAUGCUACUGUAAAACUUGCGAUAAAAAAUUCAAAAUACUCAAAGGACUGAAGCUGCAUUUAGUGAAAUUUCAUGGCAUCAAGUUACCACGGGCUAAAUCUAGGGACUUUGAUAAGAGAGUUAGAAUAUGUUCAAUUUGUGGGGCUACUUGUAACGACUUUAAAAGUUUUCUUAGACAUCAGAAAAAGCAUGCGAGCCCUCACGAGUGUAGCAUAUGCAAAAUUGAUUUCCUUUCUCAGGCAACAUUGCGAAAUCAUAUGAAGUCUCAUUCAAGCGCAUUGCAUUUAGUUGAUGAAAAUAAAGAAAUAAAAGAGAACCGCUUUCUUUGCAAGAUAUGUGGAUGCGCGUUUAAAACAGCAGGAAAUUUCGCAGUACACAUGAAUAGACAUUCUCAAAACUAUCUUGUUACGUGUGAAGAUUGCGGUAAAGGUUUCUAUAGAAAAUCAGAUCUUUCAUCUCAUAUGAGGGUUCACACAGGUGAAAAACCAUUUCCGUGCAAGUUCUGUGAUUCGAGUUUCAGAGUUAAAUAUAGUCUAGUCAGACAUAUGAAAGUUCACCUCGACGAUAAACCGUUCCAGUGCGACGGAUGUUCCACAAAGUUUGUAUUGAAAUGCGAUUUGGUCCGCCACAUCACCAAUUCCAAAUUGUGUAUUAGGAAGCGUGCUGGUUUUCUACCACCGACAAGGAGUGUUAAAAAAUACGAGUGCGGUUAUUGCAACGAGAAGUUUAGUACAAGACCAGAAUUUUUGAGGCAUCAAAAGAAUUAUAAACCCUGUAAAACGUUACACUCUAAAGGGGUUUGGGUCAAUGAGGAAAAGUCGCCAGAGCGUGAAGAAACGCUAAAGGAGAUUGAUGAGGCAGCAGGCUUGGAAGAUGUCGAAAUGCAGGAAGAAAUUUGAAUAAUAAAAAAUUAAAACCUUCAUUGCCUUGUUUGCCUUAAGAUUUAAUGUAUUUACUAGCGGUCCCAGCGAACUUCGUACCGCCAUAAAAAAUAGGGGUUGGUGGUAGAAGGGUGAAAAUUUAGGGUUGUAUGUAUAUUUGUAUGAUGGAUCAUAAAAAAAAAUGACAAUAAAA